UUCAGACUCAAGGCACAGUGGCAACAAUGGGAAGAAAAGAAGGCCUCUCUGGAAGCUCAUUCUUUACCUGGUUCAUGGUGAUCGCCCUCUUGGGAGUAUGGACAUCAGUAGCUGUGGUGUGGUUCGAGCUGGUGGACUAUGAAGAUGUGCUAGCCAAGGCAAAGGAUUUCCAUUAUAACUUGUCAGAAGUUCUUCAAGGCAAACUUGAAGCUUACGAUACUGAUGGGGAUGGAGAUUUUGACAUUGAAGACGCCAAGGUUUUACUGGGACUGAAAGAUCGAGAAGUGGCAAAACGAGAAUCAAAAGACUCUGAAACUGAUUCAGGAACAACCUCGGAGAGUAUAAGCGAUCAAGACCUGGAAGAUAUUGGGAAUGAUGACCUAGAGUCAGAUUUACUAGAUGGAGGUAUAAGCGAUCAAGACCUGGAAGAUGUUGGGAAUGAUGACCUAGAGUCAGAUUUACUAGAUGAAGAUAUCAGUGAUCUAGAGGAAGCUCUGGAUGAUCAUGAAGCACAUCAGGCUGAAGAUGAUGAAGUGAGUGAAUUUAAUUUAGAAGAUGCAGUGGAGCCCAGUGUUCACAAAUCGCUGAAUGCAGAGCCUGCAAAUGAUGAGCCAGAAGAAGCAGAGCUGGUAACUGAAGAACAAGCAGAUAUCAAAGAGGAGAUUGAAACUGAAGAGCAAGUUUUCGUAAAAGAAAGGGUAGAAGCUGUAGACCAAGAACCACCAGCCUCUGAAGACGACGAUGAUGAUGAUGAUGAUGAUGAUGUAGAAGACUUGCCGCUAACCCAUGAAGGUGAAGCAGAAGAGCAAGAGCCUGAGGAGGAACGGCAAGAAGCUGACGAAGAGCCUGUGGUAGAGGAUCCUGAACUAGAAGCUGAUACGCCUGACUUGGAAGCAGAUGAGGAGCCAGUUUAUGAAGAGGAUGAAGUGGAAGAAGUGGCAGCAGAGCCACUUGCUGCUGAGAUAGCAGAAGAAAUUCCUGAGCCUGUAGAUGAAGAGAUUCCUGAGAAUGAAGAGCUAGAGGUAGCUGGUGAAACUGAAGCAGAACCUCAGGAUGAAUAUGAGGAUCAUCAGGAUGAAGCAGAAGUGCCAGAAUAUCAACAGCAGGAAGAGGUGGAAGUAGUAGAAGAGCCAGUAAUAGAAGAGCAAGCGGAGGAGGAUGUUGUGCCUUUUGAAGCACUUGAACUUACGCCUGAAGAAAUAGAUGAGCUUUUAACGAAAACACAAGAUGAGAAAUUGUAUGAAGAACAUCAAGUAAAAGAGAGCCCAGAAGAGAGCGAUAGGCCAAGUAAUCAUGCAGCAGAACAAAACACAGUGACAUCUGAGGAGCCCCAUGAAGAUCAUGCAGGUAAGCAAUUUAUCAGUCUAAACUAAAUUAAACUAAAAUGUCUAAAAGCAGAUAUAAAAACUGGGUCACCAUAGUGGUCAAAACGUAAGUGACACAAUGUAACGAUGGCUUUUGCUUCCCCUUGUCAGGACACCACUGUGUAAGGCCUAGCUAGAAACAGGCUUUUGGGAAAAUUACAAUGAAAGUUAUUUUUUUUCAUAACUAAACAAUCAAGGGAACUUUUAGGCAAUCAUUUUAUAUGCAUUUUAGGCUCCAUGCACACUAGUGUUUGUUUGUUUUUUUUAAGCU